CUGCGCCCGGAGCCGCCGCCGCCGCGCCCCGCGUAGCCCCGGCCCUCGGCUGCCCGGUGCCAGACCCUCGCGUAGGCCCGGCCCGGGCCUCUCCUCCCCGCAGUGAAAGAGGAGGCAUGUCCGCUGCCGCCUCCGCUGAAAUGAUUGAAACCCCCCCGGUCCUCAACUUCGAAGAAAUCGACUACAAAGAGAUCGAGGUGGAAGAGGUUGUUGGAAGAGGAGCCUUUGGUGUGGUCUGCAAGGCAAAAUGGCGAGCUAAAGAUGUAGCCAUUAAACAAAUAGAAAGUGAAUCUGAAAGAAAAGCCUUCAUUGUAGAGCUUCGACAGCUGUCACGAGUGAACCAUCCCAACAUUGUCAAGUUAUAUGGAGCCUGUCUAAACCCAGUGUGUCUUGUUAUGGAGUAUGCUGAAGGAGGUUCUCUAUACAAUGUGCUACAUGGUGCUGAACCUCUGCCUCAUUAUACUGCUGCACAUGCCAUGAGUUGGUGUUUACAGUGUUCCCAAGGAGUGGCAUAUCUCCACAGCAUGAAACCAAAGGCUCUAAUUCACAGAGACCUGAAACCACCAAAUUUGCUCCUGGUAGCUGGGGGGACAGUUCUAAAAAUCUGUGACUUUGGUACAGCCUGUGAUAUUCAAACACACAUGACCAACAAUAAAGGAAGUGCUGCUUGGAUGGCACCUGAAGUUUUUGAAGGUAGCAAUUACAGUGAAAAAUGUGACGUUUUCAGUUGGGGUAUUAUUCUCUGGGAGGUAAUCACCCGUAGGAAACCUUUUGAUGAGAUUGGUGGUCCAGCUUUCCGAAUAAUGUGGGCAGUUCACAAUGGUACUCGGCCACCACUGAUCAAAAACUUACCUAAACCAAUUGAGAGUUUAAUGACCCGUUGUUGGUCCAAGGAUCCCUCUCAACGACCAUCCAUGGAGGAAAUUGUUAAAAUAAUGACACACUUGAUGCGGUACUUUCCCGGAGCUGAUGAACCUCUGCAGUAUCCUUGCCAGUAUUCAGAUGAAGGCCAAAGCAACUCUGCCACUAGUACAGGUUCAUUCAUGGACAUCACUUCUACAAACACAAGUAACAAGAGUGAUGCUAACAUGGAACCAAGUGACUUCCAAGGAGCUUCUACCAAUGACACUAUUAAGCGUUUAGAGUCAAAAUUGGCACAACAAAUCAAAAACACAACCAAGCAGCCGGGUGAUCCUGGCCGUUUGAGUUUGCCCCCAUCUCGUGGGAGCAGUGUGGAGAGCUUGUCAGAUGUUCGCGCACGACCACCAUCAGCCCUUGUUUCAGGAGAAGCCAAAAGGAUGAGUGCUGACAUGUCUGAAAUAGAAGCAAGAAUAGCUUCCAUCACAGCCUAUUCCAAGCCUAAACGAGGCCAUCGUAAAACUGCUUCAUUUGGCAACAUUCUGGAUGUCCCUGAGAUCAUCAUACCAGGAAACGGACAGCAGAGGCGCAGAUCCAUUCAAGAUCUUAGUGUUACUGGAACAGAGUCCAGUCAGGAGAGUAGAAACAGCAGUAGAUCAUCUAGUCCUAGUGUGAGAAUGAUCACUACCUCGGGACCAACCUCUGAAAAGCCAACUCGUAAUCCAUGGACACCUGAUGAUGCAGAGACCAAUGGGUCAGAUAACUCCAUCCCAAUGGCAUAUCUUACAUUAGAUCAUCAGUUACAGCCUCUAGCACCGUGCCCAAACUCCAAAGAAUCUAUGGCUGUGUUUGAGCAGCACUGCAAAAUGGCACAAGAAUAUAUGAAAGUUCAGACAGAAAUUGCAUUGCUGUUGCAGAGGAAACAAGAACUAAUAGCAGAACUGGACCAGGAUGAAAAAGACCAGCAAAACACAUCCCGUCUGGUACAAGAACAUAAAAAGCUGUUAGAUGAAAACAAAAGUCUCUCAACAUACUAUCAGCAAUGCAAAAAACAAUUAGAGGUCAUCAGAAAUCAGCAACAGAAACGGCCAGGCACAUCAUGAUUUCCUGGGACCUUUCAAAUGAAAAAUAUGCACAGAAAAGACUGAUUAUUUUUUUUUUAAUUGUUAUUAUUAUCCCUUAUUAAGACAGCUCAUGAGUGUUAGCUUCUUGGUGUGAUCUGUACUUGUCUGCUACACUUAACAUCAUUUAAUUUUCUUUUUCCUAUGGUGGACAUCCAGUUCAACAGGUUAAUCGAAUAAGGUGAGAAAACAAUGACUUGAAUUAACCAACAGCCCUCAAUUUAAAGCAAGAAGAGUGGCUGCUUGCAUGCUCCUUGUGUGAAGGCUAGCCUAACAAGUGUUAAGGAGGCUGCUAAAUUUUAAGACCUUAUUUUUAGUUUUUGGUGUUACCUCGAUAAGAGAAAAAAAAAACCCAAAACUUUCCUGUUUAAGAAUGGUUUUGUUCCAGUGUCUCAUCUCAUACUAUUAUUAUGAUGAUUGUUUUCAAGACUUUAAACAGGCUCCAGGCUGCAGAGGUGAUCUUGGCUGACCACAGUAAUUCAUGAUGCAUUAGUGAUGCCUUUACCUGUAGACAUAGUAUAUUUUUUCCACAUGCAAAAUGGUAGGCAAACUGAUGCCAGCGUCCUUGGUUCAGUGCUUGAUAGCCCUGCAUUUUGACUAAUAUGUUUCUUGUAAUCUUGCUUUCAUAAAAUAUUUGAAGUAAAAGACUGUAUUUUGUUUACUUUCUUGGGGUGAAUGACAUGCAGUUUCACUUAAUUACCGGGCAAAAGUUAUGAAGGUGAUUCAUUGGGCAGAGUUAGUCCCUUGUGUAAAGAGGAAGAAUCAAAAAUGUGUGAAAGCAUGUUUUAAACCUUUAAAGCUUUUGUCCCUCUAGCAUCUUUGGAUGGAAAUUCAGAAAGAAAAUUAUUACAAAACUUGAAAUACUUGCUCCUUUUAUGUUUUUGCUCCCUUAUUCGUUUUGUUUUGUUUUUCUUACAACUUAUUUGCUGAAAAGCAUUUACCAUAAAUGUAAAUAAGUUUGUUUUAGAUAAGGAGAGAAGGGUUUGGGGAAAUGAAUUUAUUUUAAAUAGCAAAUUAUGAAAUGGAGUUGAGUGUGCAAAUAGCGGAAGCUAUUAAGAACAUGAGGGAAAUGGCUUAGAUCUCCAUCAGGAAUCUCAGUUAUUCUACUCAUUUGAACAUAGUUCAAAAGAAGUCCAUCACAGAAUGCCUGCUGCCUCUGUGACUGAAGAGUUGCAUUUAAUGAACUCAAGCAGAAUAUGUAAUGCUCAGUGUUGUUAUUCACCAUUAUUACAUGGGUGAAAAUAACUGCUUGUUUUACAUUGCAGAUUAAUUACUUGGAUUAUGAAUUAACUGGUACAAAAAUGAGGCACUUCUAAAUAUAAUGAUAAGUUAUUCCUUGCGUAAGUUCUUGAGGUACCCAGUUGUGGGCGGGAUUUUAGUAACGCUCCUCUGCAAAAGAAAAGUAGAAAAUUGAAGUUUAGCUGUGGAGCCCUCCAAAUAAAAGAAAGGUAAUCUGAAAUUUGACUUACACGUAUUUCAAAUAAAUGGUUAUUUAUAAGAGCCCAUGAGCAGAACUUGGAAAAACCUUAAGGGUAAAAACUUCACAGUAUUUUCUCUUUUCUUUCCUGCCUACUUGAUAAAAACCAUUAGUACUGUUGUGCUUAUCUGUGAACAGCAAAGGUGAUGAACAAUGUACUAAACAGUGUCAUCCUGUCUUGAAAAUAAAUCUGUUUUUGGCAAACCUUUGGGAGUUAGAAACCCUUCCCUCAUUUUAUUUAAAUAAAGGAAGGGUUAUCAUUUCCAAAACCUGAGCAGAUAAUUUGAUUAGUUAGCUGAAACUGAUAUUGGGAUCAACUUAAGGGCACACAUAUUUAUAGCAAAAUGUAAUUGGGAGAGAAAAUAACUGUAGUAUUAGGAAUAGCACAAGUUAUCCAGAGCAUUGCUGUUCGCAUACAUCUGUCCAUCUACCAAAAUGGAGACACUCGAUGAUCAGUAGCUUACUUAACAUAUGCUGAAGCAUUAAGUAGAGCAGAUAAAUACUGAUGCUCAACUUCAGAUGCAUGGUUGAUAAUUACCUACGCAAAAUCAUUUACUAGGACAGUUUUUACAUUUCAGCGUCAUAAAACAGAUACGCUUAGGGUAAAUCAGUUUGGUAUGUGAAAAGUCACUUUAUGGCAAGGUUUGAGUAAUGGUACAUAAUACAAAAGUCUGUUCUAGCAGUUACUUAUGACUUUUCAGGGUUUACAUUAUAAAGGGUCUCAGAUUGUAAAAUAAGUGCUGUGCUACUGUGCGCUGUCGGCUCCAUUCAAUAGUUAGGUUAUAUUGCUCUUGUAAUUUUCAGAGGGAAUUUGGAGUUUGACCUUUUGCCUUCAAAUUGUCCCUUUCUUAAUUCCACCAAAAAUGAAAAAAAUAUUUGCCCAAAUUUCUCACUGAAGAUUUCCAUGUGGCAAAAUUUGUGUAUCGUAACAAAAAAACUUAUAAGGGUAGAACAGUUUAACAGCUUAAUUUUCAGUGGCCUUUAUUGUUUUCAUAAGGCUCUUGGUUUAAAGUUGUUUACAAAUAUACUUAUAUUUUUCUGUUAAAGUAUCUGGACUGUUCAGGAACUUUUUUCAUGUACUCUUUUGUCCAGUUAAAGCUGUUCCUCUAAUAAUAGAGGUGAAACAUCUAGUUUUGGCUGGGCAUUGCCUUCUCAGAAAAGGUAACAGGCUCUGCUUUUUGUU